AAGAUGUCUGGCAGCUGCUGUUCCGGGACUUGUACCACAGUGCCAGCCAUUUCUAUCUGCCCAGCAGAUGUGAGCUAUGGUGGUUCCACCAUCUGCCUGACUACUUCUUGCUCAAGUCCAACCUGGCAACUUAUUAGCUGUGAAGAACCGUGCAGCACAUCUCCAAGCUGUGCCCCAAGUUGCUGUGAAUCCUCUUGCUGUGAGCCCACUUGCUGCCAGCCAGUAUGUUGUGAGCCCACUCCUUGUGAAUCCUCUUGCUGUGAGCCCAGUUGCUGUGAGCCCAUCUGCUCUGCACCCACUUGUUGCCAACCAGUCUGCUCUGUACAAGCUUGCUGUCAGCCCAUUUGCUGUGAAACCAGUCCUUGUGUGCCAUCUUGUGCAGUGUCCACUUGCUGCCAACCUGUCUGCUCUGUGCCUGCUUGUUGUCCACCUAUUUGCUCUGAGCCCAGUUGCUGCCAGCCAGCUUCCUGUGUGACACUGGUCUGUGAACCCAUCUGCUACCGUGCCAUCUGCUGCCUACGCAGUCCCUGUGAGUCAACUUGCACAGUUCAAGAGCCUUCCUGUUGCAUUCCCAGUGUCUGUCCAACAGCAACAGCCUGCUGUCAACCCACCCCUUGCCAACAGAGCACCUGCCUGCCCAGUCCAUGCCAGCCAUCUUGUUACGUAGUAAGACGCUGCCAGUCAGUUUGCUGUGAACCUAUUGCCUGCAAACCAGCUUGUGUGUCUACCUGCUGUCAGCCACUCUGCUGCAGACCAGGAUCUUCUGCUUCUGUUGUCUGCCGGCCAGCUUGCUCUCGGCCCACUUUCUACGUGCCCAGUUCCUGUAGGCCACCUUGCAUCACACCCAUUUCCUACCGACCUGCGUGUUACCGCCCCAUCUGCUCCUCUCCUCUUAGUUGCAAACAACCUUACUUGACUUCCAUGUCUUAUCGUCCAACUUGCUACCGCCCACCUUACUCCCUACCCUAUCUGCGCAGGCCUGUCUAUGUCACCUCCAUUGCUUCUCGGCCAGCAUGCUGUCAGCCGGUUUGCUCUGAGCCUAGCUCCCCAUGUAAGCCGACUUGUGAAAAGUCUACUUCUAGCCAGCCGGAUGGUUCUGAGUCCACUCCAUGCAAACCAUCUGUCUCAGAGGCUAGUCCUUGUGAGCCAACAAGCUCAGGGACCACUUCCUGUACACCCAGCAGCCCAACCACUGGUGAGUCAGCUGCUGGCAAAGUUGAAGAUGGAAAACCAUCUGGCUGUUGUUCCAGAUCCGGUAGGUCCAGGCAUUAGGAAACAAGACAUGGCUCUGAAGAGAAAAAUCUCUGGCCCCACUAGGGUCAGAUGAGUAGUUAGUACAUGCUUGAACCCCUUUCCAUUGUUUACCGCAUGUUGCUUGUGCUACAAUAGCUCUAUUUGAAAGAAUUCAACUAUAAUCUAGGACCCUUAAGAUACAGACCCACUUAGGCACAAAGAAAAUGGCGCAUGAUAUCCUUUUCACAGGCUAACAUCACACGAUGAAGAGGUGAAUGAUGUUUCUUGUUUCCUGCUCCAUCCCCUUUCAUUUCAGAAGCUUCUGGUUCUCUCUUGAAACCUGAUUCCUUGUCUUUCUCACCCAUGAUAUACUUUUAGAUGUGAGAAACUUUUUCUCAUCUUCAAAUAAAAUUAGACAGAUGUUACUCUCAUUUUUUUCAGUCAUUUUUUAAGUUGUGUUCAAAUCUUUAUGACCCUUUUUGGGUUUUUCCCCCAUUUUUUAAUGUCAUGCAAAACACACUUCCAUAUUGUUCAUUGUUGGAAGAGCAAGCUCAUACAUGACCCAAACCUCAAAAUAAAACCAAAGACAUAGAGAUGUGAAAGAUGACUCCAAUAGUUAUUAUGGAUAGUAUUCCCAUUUGGGGUUUUCUUGGCAAAGAUACUAGUUUGCCAUUUCCCUCUCCAGCUCAUUUUAUAAAUGAGGAAACUGAGGCAAACAGGGUGAAAUGAUUUGCCCAUUGUCAUUCAGUUAGUAAAUAUCCAAGGCUAGAUUUGAGCCUAUCUCUUCUUGACUCAAGACUUGGGAACUCUAUCCAUUGUACCAUCUAGUUGCCUUACUCUCAUUAUUGAUCACUUGCUCCCAUGCAUUUACCAUCAUUUCUCUGCCUUGAAUGGGCCUAUAUAAGUGGAAUUAGGCCAAAAGCACUAGGGCAAGGGCUUUGGAAAGGACUUUGUACAAUAAAAGGCUAGUGGAGGGAAUAAGGAAAUUCCAUUAGGCUUAGACUAUAGGGGAAUAAAGAUGGAAUAUUUCCUUUCCUAGGAAGCACUUAAAAAAAUCCUAAACCCUUAUCUUCUGUCUUGGAUACCAGGCACCAGAUCCAAGGCAGAAGAGAGAUAAGGGGUAGGCAACAGGUGUUGGGUGCCCAAGAUCACACAGCUAGGAAGCAUCUGAAGCUAGAUUUGAGGCGAGGAUUUCAUGUGUACAGGUAUGGCUCUCUAUCCCCUGAGCCACCUACCUGCCCUGAAAAUACUCUUCAUAAGAAGUCCAUAUAUUCCUUAUUAAGAUAUAAUGAUGGGAUCAGCUGGGUAGCUCAGUGGAUUGAGAGCCAGGCCUAGAGAUGGGAGGUCCUGGGUUCAAAUCUGACCUCAGAUACUUCCAAGCUAUGUGACCCUGGGUAAGUCACUUAACCCCUAUUGUCUAGGCCUUACCACUCUUCUGUCUUGGAACCAAUACACAGUAUUGAUUCUAAGAUGGAAGGUAAGGGUUUUUAGGGAAAAAAAAUAUAUGUACUGACACAGAGGACAAAGUGCUGUAUUUUGAGUUAGGAAGUCCUGGAUUCAAAUCUUGUCUCUUAUAUAGUAGCUGUAUGACAAUGAUCGGUCAUACCAUUCUUCGAGGCUUAGUCUCCUAUCUGCUGAAUGAUGGGGUUGGACUAGAUGGCUUUCCAGUUCUAAAAGUAGCAUUUAAUAAUAGCUGAUAUCCACAUAGCACAUUAUUUAUGGACACUAUGUAGCCCAAGCCUCAUAAAAAUUGUUAUGAUAUGGGCGUGAUAGAUAUAACCACCCUAAUUUCCAUAGCCAGAGAAACUCAAGGCCAAAGGGACUAAAUGGCUUGCUCAGGGUCACACACCUAAUCACUGGUAAAGUCAGGAUCUGAGCCCAAACUCUUCUGACCCUACAUCUAGGCAGCUGCUAUCCUAUAUUGUUUCUAAGCACUUGAUCCAUCCAGAAAAGAUCUCUAGAGUAGCAACAUCAAUGGAAGAUGGGUUCCCCCUUUCCCUUAAGGCACAUUUGCAUUAUCAAAACUCAUUCUACAUCUUCAAUUCAACUCAAACUUUUAUUAAGGAACAGCUAAGUGGCUCAGUGGAUAGAAAGUCAAGCCUGAAGACAAGGAAGUCCUGGGUUCCAUUCUGACCUCAGACUCUUCUUAGCUGUGUGACCCUGGGCAAGUCAUUUAACUCCCAUUGUCUAGCCCUUACCACUCUUCUGCCUUGGAAUUGAUAUUUUCAAUUCUAAGAUGGUAAGGGUUAAAAAAAACCAUUUAUUGAACACCUGCUAUGAGUAAGGGUUGUGCUAUAUUCUGGGGAUUUAAAGACAGUUUUGAAGUUUACCUCCUCUUGGGACAUAAAGCACAUAGACAGGGAAAUAGUCUUAAGAUAAUAUGGGUGGUAAAUAAAUAUUAAGAACUGGGAUCAAGUUUGGUGGCACAGUGGAGAGAGGGCUGGAUCUGGCCUUGAGAUGAUCUGAGUUCAAAUAUGUCUUCAGACAUUUAACUAGCUGUGUAAUCUUGGGCAAAUCACUUAAAGUUGUCUGUCUCAGUUUCCACACCUGUAAAAUAAUGAUAAUAAUAGCACCUUCCUCCCACAAUUAUUGUGAGAACUGAAAGAUUUUUAUAGUACUUUGCAAACUUGCUGAUGCUGCUACUAUCACUACUAUUAUAGCACCUGAGCUGAUUGUUGAAAGGAGCUAUGAGGCAGUGAUGAGGAGGGAGGAAAAUCCCAAUCUGAAGGAAGCUUCUAGGAGGGCAUCGAAAAGGGAGAUAGAGGGCCAAGUGUAAGAGACAGCUUAACAUUCUUCCCUGACUGUGAUUUAGAGUGCAUAUAGGGGAAGGAUGGGAAGGAAGGGUUAAAAGAUAGGUUGGGAAUAUAGAUGUAUGUUUUACACAAUAAUACAAGUAUAAUCCUGAUCAAAUUGCUUAAAAUCUCUAAGAGGGGACAGGAAAAAGUGGAAGGGGAGA